AGGAGUCCGAAGCGUCGGCUCUCGCGGAGCCUAACUGGAAGCCGCCCGGUGUCCUGACCGCGGGCAGAGCUAGUGCGCGCCAUGCUGUCCCCGGAGGCGGAGCGGGUGCUGCAGUACCUGGUAGAGGUGGAGGAGCUCGCGGAGGAGGUGCUGGCGGACAAGCGGCAGAUUGUGGACCUAGACACCAAAAGGAAUCAGAACCGAGAAGGCCUGCGGGCCCUACAGAGAGAUCUCAGCCUCUCUGAAGAUGUGAUGGUUUGCUUCGGGAGCAUGUUUAUCAAGAUGCCUCACUGUCAGACAAAGGAGAUGAUUGAGAAAGAUCAGGACCACCUGGAUAAAGAAAUAGAAAAACUCCGAAAACAACUUAAAGUGAAGGUCAACCGCCUCUUUGAGGCUCAAGGCAAACCGGAACUGAAAGGUUUUAACCUGAAUCCCCUCAACCAGGAUGAGCUCAAAGCUCUUAAGGUCAUCUUGAAAGGAUGAGAUUCAAGUGUGAAGAUGGGGGAACCUAUUGCCAGCACCCCUCUGGACAGGAGGACCUGGGUGUUCAAACCUUGAGACCUAGAAGACAAAGACACUUUGUGUCUGUGGUUCCUCUG